UCUUCACUCUCUCUAUACUCUGUAUCUACUAUAUAUAUACUCUCCCAAAGCCCUUUCCCCCCAGGUUCCCUCGGACAUACACGGGCGCUGCUCCUGGGGUCCUGGGCACUGGGGAACUGGCAUGCAGGAGAUUAAAUCGACUGUCAUAUCAGCUGUGUGCCAGUGCCCAGUGCCCAAUGCUGCAGAAAUGGAGCAUAUCCUGCUGUGUGCCUUCUGCACUUCCAACUAGAUUGUCAGCUCCUUGCACAAGGAUCACAUUGUGAGCCCUAUUCCUGCCCCCUGAUUCACUGGGUCAUGGUUAAAGGUUCUGUUUGACUUUCUCCAUUUCUCCCUUUGUCCCCCACAGGGCAGAGAUGAGGGACCUUGGGCAGAGCGGGCACCGGAGUCGGCCCCUGAGGCUCCAUGGCUUUGCCCCCCCGCAGGACCGCUCGUCCCCAACUGGAGAUCUGGAUAGUGUAUUCAUAGGGGAGGACCAAGUUUUCCGCUCGGUGGAAGGGCAAGCGGCUUCGGAUGAGGAAGAGGAGGAUUGGGCAGUGGAGCAGCAGCACCCAGCGGGAGUCAUGGAGAGGAUAUUCGGCAGGGGCCCUUGCUGUGCCAGCGGGUGCGACGAGCGGAUAAUAAAGAUGUUGGUGGCGCCCCCUGGGGGGUCGGACAGUAUCGAUUACAGGAAUAUCACGGUUUUACUGAUGGAGAGGAUCGACCAACUGACCGGCCAACUCCAUGCAAAGGAGCAGGAGAGGCGGAGGCUGGAGACUGACCUGCAGGAGAUGAAGGAGCCGCUGGUUGAGGAGCUGGAGAAGAAGACGGAGGAAACAGAGUUCCUGAGGGAGGAGCUUCAGAUGUUGGAGACAGAGAGGGUCCGGUUGUCCCUUGUGGAGGAGAAACUGCUGGAUGUUCUGGAACUGCUGGAAGAGCUCAGGAACCAGAAAAUAUCAAAGCGAAACCUGGGAAAGUUACUCCUCAGUACUCUGGAGUCCUGCAGCGAGGCGCAGCCGG